GUCGGAAUAGAAAUGUACUGUCACCCAGUGCGACCAGACGAAUGUUCCGUUCGAUUGCAAGCAUGAUGUUGACCAUCACUCAUUCCCGCGUAUUUUUGGCCAAUGAGAGUACAGUUCAGUGCGAAUUUUCCCAACUGGCAGUCUCUGCAAGUUUUCAGCUCACAACCAAAUUGCCAAACUGCUGCACACUUCAACACAAAAGCAUGAACAGUCCGACCGCGUCUUCUACUAGCGACGACACUGGUAGCUUUCCUACUACUACCACCCCCAUCUUCCAGGCACAGAGCGACUUUGACGACGAAUUGCAGCUCCAAUUUGCGCCCCCAACCGGCGGCGCGCCAAUUUACGUCGCUGGCGACGUGGCGUCUCCUAUGACGCAGUACCGCGACGCCCCAUUCCAGUUGACCACCGCAUCAUUUGACCGAUUCGAGGAGCUCGACAGCUUCAGUCUCUACUCGGGCAAACAGCAGUCAGCGAUGGAGCUCGACUCGACUCCGUUUAAGCAGCUUGCAGCAUCCCCACUAUCUCCCUCAGCCGCCGUGGAGAUUCCAGUCAAGGAAGGAUGGGACUCGUUCUUUGGCUCGGCAUUCCCGAGCUUUCCGUCCUUCUCAGACCCCGAGGAAAUCAUGACAACUCUUCAGAACGCGCUGAAGCCGUUUGAAUGCUCCGUACACAUUGAGAACCGGUGGACACUCCGUGUAUCGUGGCUCUGUGUGGCCGAGGAGAUUGCGCUCUCUAUUUCGCUCUCAAAGGAACAGGGCUCAGAAGAGAAGUACGAGGUGGCAUUUCGUCGAGAAUUUGGAGAUGAAAUGGCCUUCCACCAGCUGGUAGAGUGCAUUCGCGCUCGCUGUAGCGACGUCGACGCCGAGCCGCUAUUUUUUGCAGACUCGACGCUCGAGCCGUGGCUUGAUGCCAAGCAGGAACUUAAGGGUCGACGAUAUGCCAUUCGUGACACUGAGGCAGCACAACUUAUCAAGGAAAUAAACGCAGAACUGGACGUGGACACACUCUACGAGGUGGCCAAGGUGGUGAAGAACCACUGCCGGCAUCGCGGCAACCGCCGACUCUUCCUCGAAACAGACCGCGUUGGGUUCGUCCAAGCAAUCAAGUGGAUGCUUGCAGACUCGGAAGUUCUCGCGCGUUUCGCUGUGUUCAUCCUGCUGCAGUAUGCGAAGGAAUCGAGCGAUGAUGAGAGUGUGGAGCUGUUUACGUCGGCAUUCGAACGCAACUCGGUCGAGCUUUUGCUUACCGAGCUGGAAUACCGGGAGAGCGACAGCGCCUGCUCUCAGUUCACGAUCCCCAUGCUCGCGGAAAUUCAGCAAAGCUGGAUAUUCGCAUAAAAUUAAUCGCCAUCGCCCGUACACUAUUCCGCCCCAAGUCUGCCUCCAUCCACUUAAGUGCUUCAGCGCUUUGUUUUUGGCCCACUAACUUAUACGGUAGACCACAUCAUACUAAUACAGAUCGAAUUGCUUAUCCUGUUU